CGCAAACCACAACUCAUCAUUGCGCCGAUACCAACUCGAAUCCCUUCGGCCCUCAACGUUUGUCCUCGAUCUGACACGACUUUUAUCCCUCGACGUUGCCCGAUCGACGCGAUCUAUCUCGCAGAAACAAGUCUACACACAAUGGCCGAAUACGACCCCGCGUACCAGAGUGGUGCUUGGGGUGAAGACGGGAGUUAUGAGGUUGCAGAUGGCAGCAAUCAAAACCAUGUUCAACAGCAUAGCACCCAUCAAGUUGAAGCAGAGUAUUCCCUUGACCCAACUCCUGAUGGUGCCGCCGACGAUAUGGGUGACUACGAUCCAGCAUCAGUCACUGCUGCGCCAUCCACUGCUGUAGCACUUCAGCCAGCUGCAGACCAGGUCCCCCUCAGGCCCUCACCCCAGCGUGCGGCGAAGAAACCGCGGACGGCAGGAGGCUUCCUAGUGGGAGACUCGGACUCUGAAGAUGAUGAGGUUCCUGUUUCUGCAUCGAGUGGUCUUGCCUCUGGCGCUACGCCACAGUCCUCUGUCCCACGUCCUGCCCCUCAACACCCUGCCAUUGCUGCCAGACAGUCUACUGUCACCCCAUCCGGGGCAGAUUCUGCGCCCCAGGCGAAUGGCGCUGCUGCUGCCCCUGCUGACCAGCUGGACAAUGGCAACCCGCGGUCAUCUUCUGCCUCGGCAGCCGCCGUUGGCUCGGCGUCCCAAGUUCCCGUUGACAAGAUUGCUCAGUUGGAGAAGAGGAUUCACGAUGACCCUCGCGGCGCCAUGGAUGCGUGGCUCGCGCUGAUUGCUGAGCAACGCUCCAAAAACGACACUGAACAAUCGAGACAGGUCUAUGAGCGCUUUCUCGCUGUCUUCCCUCAGGCUGCUGAUAUCUGGGUUGAAUAUCUAGAAAUGGAGUUGGAAACGAACAACUUCCAGGAAGCCGAGAUAAUCUUCAACAAGUCUCUCAUGUCAACACCCAAUGUGAACUUAUGGACCAAGUACCUAGACUACAUACGUCGGAGAAACGACCUGAACGAUAACACCGGACAUGCUCGCCAAACCGUCUCGCGAGCCUACGAAUUUGUCAUUGACAACAUUGGUCUGGAUAAAGAUGCCGGCAAGAUCUGGGCCGACUACAUCCAGUUCAUCAAGUUUGGCCCUGGUACCGUCGGAGGAAGCCAGUGGCAGGAUCAACAGAAGAUGGAUCAGUUGCGCAAGGCUUACCAGCGAGCCAUCUGUGUGCCCAUCGCGAAUGUCAACACGCUGUGGAAAGAGUAUGGCGAGUUUGAAAACGGCCUCAACAAGUUGACCGGCCGUAAGUACCUGGCGGAGAAGUCUCCGUCAUACAUGUCGGCCAAGAGCGCCAACACAGCCCUCGAAAACAUCACCCGGGGUCUGCAGCGGACAACUCUUCCCCGUCUCCCGCCGGCCCCGGGCUUUGACGGUGACCAGGAGUACAUGGAGCAGGUUGAGAUUUGGAAGAAGUGGAUUGCAUGGGAGAAGUCGGAUCCCCUGGACCUGAAGGACGACAAAGAUCAGCCCGGUCUGUACCAAAAGCGCAUCCUUUAUGUCUACAACCAGGCUCUCAUGGCACUGCGGUUCUGGCCCGAGAUGUGGGUUGACGCCGCGCAAUGGUGUUUCGACAAUAACAUCACGGCCAAGGACGGCAGCUCAACUGGACUAGAUUUCCUUACCAGGGGUAUCGAGGCGAACCCCGAGAGCGUCCUGCUCGCUUUCAAGCACGCCGACUACAUCGAAUCCACCUAUCCGAUUGAGGAAAACGACGAUGCUAAGAUUGAACGCGGCAAGGCCGUGCGUGGCCCUUACAACAAAGUGUUAGACACUCUUUAUGGCAUCGUCAAAGGGCUGAAAGAGCGAGAAACAGCAGAACUUGCGCGGAUUGAGGAGGCUGCCAAGGCAGCUGGCGAGGCCUCGGCCAACAGGGCCGAAGAGGAAGACGAAGACGAGGAUGAAGCUGGCCCUGCGGAGAAAGGUGCAGUUGGCAACAGGUUCAACGAGCAGAUUCGUGCCAUCAAGCAAGGUUAUGCUGCCCAGACUCAGCUUCUCUCGAGGACCAUCUCUUUUGUCUGGAUUGCCUUGAUCCGCGCGAUGCGCCGCAUCCAAGGCAAGGGCAAACCAAACACGGAACUGGGUGGUAUGCGGCAAGCCUUCCAAGAUGCUCGUCACCGAGGCCGUCUCACUAGCGACGUGUAUGCGGCGGUAGCCCAGCUGGAGUGGACUAUCUACAAGGAUCCCGCAGGAGGCAAGAUCUUCGAUCGCGGUGCGAAACUGUUUCCCGAGGAUGAGAAUUUCACACUGGAGAAUAUCAAGUACCUCCAUUCGCGCGAUGACUUCACAAAUGCCCGUGUCCUCUUCGAGACGGUUGUCAACCGCUUGACGCAGAAGCCUGAGACUGUGCAUAAAGCCAAACCCCUCUAUGCUUACUUUCAUAAGUAUGAGUCGCAGUUUGGUGAGCUGGCUCAAAUUGCCAAGUUGGAGAAGCGAAUGGCAGAGCUGUUCCCUGAAGAUCCCAAACUUGCCCACUUCAACGCCCGAUACUCAACCGACAAGUUUGACCCGAUUGCUGCCCGGAUCAUCGUUUCUCCUGCGACACAACUCAGACCCAAGCUGCUGCUCCCAUCGGUCGAGCAGGCUACUUCGCUCCAAAACUCACCUCGCCUGCCUCCAUUCGCAAGCCGCCCUAGUCCCGGGCCCCAGUUCUUGCGGGCGACAAACUCUCCCAAGCGUCCGUUGCCAGCGGACGAUUUCGAUGAGCCGCCGCGCAAGAUCCAGCGCAACGAAUUUGGCGAGUUCCAGCGCGGCGCUUCGCCGCUUAAAGGCGCCGCCGGCCGCCGCUUGGACCAACAGCGUCGGAUGCAGGGCCAAGGUGCCGCCUCAUACAUAGCUACCACCGCUCCAAUUGCUCGGGAUAUCACAUUCCUUCUCAGCCAGAUCCCACGUGCUGAUCUCUACGACUUCCACCGCUUCAACCCGGUGAAGAUGGCAAACCUGCUCCGCGAAACUCCGGUGCCGGAGUACCACGUGUGGAAGAACACCCGGCAAGCCACGGAUUACUCUAACCAAUACGGCGGCUACCAAAACCGUGACUCGCCGGCUCCGAUCGGUCUGCCUCUGAGUCCUUAUGUCACGGGAGAGGGACCUCGCGGCCGUAUGCCGCCCUCAUCCGCUGCUCAGCACGGGCAAUCCACAAUCCGACCCGGUUCGAGCGGGUCUUACGAGCCCCCGCCGGCAGUGUACGCGCAAGGUCCGCCUCCGUCACAGACGGGGUACGCCCAUCCUCCACCCACGCAAUAUGACGGUGGUUCUGGCCCGGUUUGGGCGCCUUAUCCGCAUCCGUCCAUGGCUCAGCCAGGUUAUGGCGGCCCACCCCCACCGCAGUUGGGUUACGGACAGGGACCGCCGCCGGCUCAGGGUGGUUACCCCCGGUAUCCACCCCAUCCUUACUAAGGCAAUAGGAUGCUCUCCAAUCCGAACUUAAGCAUGCAGGCCACGAGGUUCUGUUAAGCUUGAUGCCGAAACAGGUUGACCGCGAGACUCAGCCUUACCAAGACCUGCUUAGCUUGCUGUUAUUCACGCCCGUCGCAUAUGUACAGUUUCGAUGAAAAGCGAAUUCAUGGACGAAAAGCACUGGGUGGAAGGAGCUCAUGCAUGGAGUGGGUUGGGUCGGGUUUCUUAAGUUCUCUUUGGG